UUUAAAUACUCAAGAACUAGUCAUAAUUAAAACAAAAUGGCAGAUAAGUUAGCGAGGAUCUUUGGUACAGAAGAAGAUAAGGUCAAUUGUCCCUUCUAUUUUAAGAUUGGAGCUUGUAGACAUGGAGAUGCUUGCACUAGAUUACAUAAUAAACCCAUACUUUCCCAGACUGUAAUGUUUUUCCACCUGUAUGAUAACCCUCCUUCAGCAGUAGCGUUUUCGGAUGGAAUGGAAGUCCAGGAAAAUGCUCUUGAAGAAGCUGUCAAUCAUUUUGAAGAAUUCUAUGAAGAUGUGUUCCUUCAGUUCAUCCAAUAUGGUGAAGUUGAAGAGAUCCAUGUUUGUGACAAUAUAGGAGACCAUAUCAUUGGCAAUACUUAUGUGAAAUUCCACUCAGAAGCAGAAGCCAAAAUGUGCUUAGAAGAUCUUAAUGGAAAAUAUUACUCAGGAAGACUUAUAUAUGGGGAAUACUGCCCGGUCACUGACUUUAGAGAAGCCAAAUGAAGACAGUUUAAAGAAGGCAAUUGCGAUAGAGGAGGUUAUUGCAAUUUUAUGCAUUUGAAAUAUGUGUCAAAGCCUUUCAGAAAAGCCAUUUUUAAAUAUAUGUACAAAGCUUAUCCACAAUAUGUUGAGAGAAGAAAGAAGGAGGAAGAAGAAAAAGAGGCUGAAGUGGGUUAUCCAAGCAGAGAAAAUAGAGAACCAAGGCAUGAUCCUGUUCAUGGUUUUAAAGAAGAAGCUGAACCUCCCCAAAGAGAACAAACAAGUGAAGAGAGAAGAGCUAUGAUUGCAUCCUGGAAUCAAGAAGGAGACGUAUAAAAAGCCUUUAUUG